AUGAAGACCGCAUUUCUCCUCGCAGCUCUAGCAGCCUGCGUCGUUUCUCUCCCAACAGCACCUCAUGUUGGACUUGCCCAGACCAAUGCCGAUGAAUCUUACCUCCCGAUGAAGGCUCGCGCGGAGACCAGUGCCGAUGAGUCGUACCUCCCGAUGAGAAGAGCCGAGACCAGUGCCGACGAGUCGUAUCUGCCAAUGAAGCGUGCCGAGACGAGCGCCGACGAGUCUUAUGAUCCCAUGCGACGAGCUGAGACCAGUGCCGACGAGUCUUACGAUCCCAUGAGGAGGGCCGAAACCAGCGCUGACGAGUCGUAUUUGCCCAUGAAGCGUGCCGAGACUACCGCUGAUGAAUCUUACCUGCCAAUGAAGAGAGCCGAGACCAGUGCGGAUGAGUCCUAUCUUCCUAUGUAG